AUGCCUGUCAUUGCCGGUCCUUGCCUGACGUUAUCCGUUGCUGUCUGUCCUUGGUCGCCGUCAUUGUCCUUCUUAUUCGUUCGCACGCCUCGCACGCCUCCCUUAUGUCAUUGUUUCGUUUGCCGCCCUCCCCUCCCCUACCCUGCCGCGCACCAACCUUCGCGCGCCAAUCUCUGCACGCCUGCCACGCGCGCCACUGUGACUCGCGCCAAUGCGCAGAUCCGAGUGGUGCUGAUGAUCGAGGACUCACACGAAGCGGAGCAGCGGCGGCAGAUGGGCAUCGAGAGCGACAGCGGGUGCUCCCAUGACGAGAUUGCAGAUGCCUUUCGCGAGGUGCGUGGGGAAGUGGGGGGGGAGAUUCGAGGGGAGAGGUGGGGCGAUAGGGAGGGGAAGGGGUGGGGGCUGGGAGAGCGGAGAGGUGGGGCGAGGGAAGAGGAGGGGGACAGACAGGUGGAGGCGGAGGGGGGGAGGUGUGUGAGGGACCGCACGGACCGCAUGCUGGCAAACCGCAUGCCGGCAGACCGCAUGCCGGCAGACCGCAUGCCGGCAGACCGCAUGGUGGUGCGCAAGCUGGCGCCGGACAUGCGUAACUGGCUGCGCCCGGGGGUGAGAGGGGGCAGGGAACGAGGGGAUAAGGGAGUCCUCUCCCUUCCCCACCCCUCUUCCCCACUCCCCUCUCUCACCCCUCUCCCCACCCCUCUCUGCCCCAUUCCUCUCCCCCACUCCCCUCUCUCACCCCUCUCCCCACCCCUCUCUGCCCCAUUCCUCUCCCCCACCCCUCUUCCCUACUCACUUUCCCCAACAACCUCUCCCCCACCCGUCCCCCCCACCAGUCUCCCCAUGCUUCCCCGCACCUCUCCUCCCUCACCACUCCCUACCGCCUCUCCCUCACCCGUCUCCCCCAUCCCUCUUCCAUACGCCUCUCCCCUCCCUUCUUUCCCACGCCUCUCUCCCACCCCCCUCUCCCACCCUUCUCCUCCACCCCUUUCCCCCACCUUUCUCCCCCCCCCACCCUGCCUGGGCCAGGAGGAGCCAGCCCCUGAGGAGGCAGUGGGAUCCGGACGUCAUCGCACGCGCCCUUUCCCCACACUCUUUCUUACACCUUUCCAAUCUCUCCUCUCUCCUCUUCCCCCCCUUCCCCCCCCCCCCCACGUUCCCCACGGUCUCCUCUCCUCCACCCCUUCCCCCGCGCCUGCCGCUGCGAGGAGGAGCCAGCUCUUGAAGAGACUCCCUCCCUUUACUCUGAGCUGCUUCUCCCUCCGUCUUCCCCUGCUUCAUCCCUCCCGCAAACACCCCCUACCGCUGCCGCUCAUCAUCCCCCCUACAGCAGGUUGGCAGGGUGCGAUAGUGGAGUGGAAUACACAGCAUGAGCCUCCACCUCUUGCACUGCAGCCCUCCUACACUCCGGAUCCUCCGCCACCCUCCGAACCGGCCCUUCAGCACGCCAUGGAUUACAGGCAGGAAGAGCAGCAGAGGCGGCGAGCGUCACCAAGGGCAUCUCUGGAGGAAUAUGAGUACAAGAUUUGCAUUGCAUGCAUGCCCAACAACUGCAUCAACUCACACGUGCCUCAUCUCAUCUGGGGGCAAUCCUAG